AAAUCCACACUAGAGACCGCGCCGUCCGCGCCGAGGGUUGAAGAGUUCAAAUCCAUCUUCUUGUCAUCAUAUCUCGGCGAUGCCCGGGUGCGGGUAGCAUUAAGGCUUAUUUACAUGCAGACAAGUGGUCCAGCCUGGUCCACCGAGUUCUAUGUACAUUUGGGGUGGAUGUUUCAUGAAUAGUCAAGACGAAUCCUGUUUUAUGGUCUCAACCUUGCUCCUGGGAAUCCCAUCUUCCUGACUGCGUACAUAGUCGUACACUACAUACCCUGAAGUUUAUUCUCCCCAAACACUUUUUGGCCUCUUCUACAUACUUAGACAGCUUCGCGGCUCAUCCAGCUUCCAGAAACCUUUCGACAUACUCUUAAUCAAGUACAUAGAGAUGGAGCCUUCGCAAGACGCAGUGGUCGGUCUGAUCGGGAUGGGCGAGAUGGGUCGGAUGUAUGCAGACCGACUGGCGGCUGCAGGAAAUUGUCAACUGUUGGUAUGUGAUCGACCUGAGAAAUUCGAUCAGUUGCGAGACGAUUACAAAGAUCGGCCGAACGUGACUGUCGUCGCCAAUGGCCACCUGGUCAGUCGGGCCUCCGAUUUGAUCAUUUAUUCGGUCGACUCAGAGCACAUAGAAAUGAUUGUAGAACAAUACGGACCAUCUACAAAACUAGGAGCAAUCGUCGCAGCCCAAACAUCGGUGAAAGCGCCCGAACAGGCCGCGUUCGAAAAACAUCUACCAAGUGAUACGAGAGUCUGUUCGAUUCACUCGCUCCAUGGCCCUUCGAUUCCUCCAGAUGGUCAAGCACUAGUUUUGAUUCCAUUUCGAUGUUCGGUUGCCCAGAAGCAAUGGGUCAAAGACAUCCUGGCACCUCUUCGAAGUCGAUAUGUUGAACUCAGCUACGAGGAACACGAUGUGGUGAUGGCUAACACUCAAGCAUGCACUCAUGCUGCUUUUCUCAGUAUGGGAACCGCAUGGCAUGCGACUGGUCGUUUCCCCUGGGACUCAGGUCGGUAUAUCGGUGGGAUCGAGGUUGCCAAGAUCAAUAUAACUCUUCGGAUAUACUCAUCCAAAUGGCAUGUUUACGCUGGCUUGGCAAUCAUGAAUCCGAUAGCGAGAAUCCAAAUCGACCAGUUCGCCCGCUCCGUUACCGAACUGUUUGUCUUGAUGGUCUCCGACGAUGAGGAGGGACUUAGGAAGAGAGUUCAUGCUGGUCGGGACCAUGUCUUCGGACCUCCCAGCUCGCCCAGAUCAUCGACCCCUCCGAUGUUCCUCUCGGAAGAGGUCUUUUCAAAUUUUGCGAUCGGCGAACCGGCUGCCGGUCCGUCGCCUCCAAACAGCCAUCUCACCAUCCUUGCCAUCGUCGACUGUUGGCACCAACUCGGGUUAAACCCAUUCCUCCACCUGGACAUUGCUGCGACGCCGGUGUUCCGCUUGUGGUUUGGCUUGAUUCACCAUCUCUUCGAUUCUCCUGAAAGACUGGAUAAGGCCAUACAUGCAGCUGUACAUAACCUCGACUAUCGUGCGGAUGAUUGCGAGUUCGUACUCGCUGCUCGUGGUUGGAGUCAGUGCAUCAGUUAUGGUGAUUUUAAACUCUACCAAGCUCGAUUUCAACAAACUGCCGAAUUCUUUAAACCUCGGAUUGAAGAGGGUAAAGACAAAGGAAGCGCAAUGAUGAAACACAUCUUGGAAGUGUGUAGCUCUGCCUAACGGCCAUCCACUCUUACAAUUCUGCUUGAUUUUAUCCUACUCUGCACAGCAACAAACUCAUUGUCAUUUCAUUGGCUGCUUUCCUCAAGUUAUAACCCCUCUUGUAAACCAAUAUCUAAACUUAUACCCAAGCCCCCAUUUCGUUUUGCUGCCAACUGAUUGAGAAAGAUUCUUUCUCAGUGA